UCUAAUCACCUGUUUAAAGGAAUUUAAUUGGGCCGUCCGAUAAAACCCGACCCACUAAGCAAAAUCAUGAAUUGAAAUUUUUGCAAUUCCUGCAAAAUCUGGAAAUUUUUAUCAAUCAUCUUCACCAAAAACAACCCAAAUUUGUGUCCGAAACCGUGAGAAGGAAAAAAGGAAUACUAAGUCGUUUCUACCAUGGCUGCCUUAUAACCACCUCGUAUCCCCGUUGUUUUCUCCGGAGUCAUCCCUGUUCAGAUAAAACCAGCUUCACUACCUUCUUCUCCGAUCCCGAAGAACGAUUUUCCUACAAUCUCAGACUUACUUGCUAUGAUGCCGCGGAGUAAAAUUGUGUGAUGCAAAUGGAAGCUAGCAUCAGUGGAAGCUCUUCUCCAACCCAUCCUAAAUGGAGAAAAGUUGUUUAUGGUGGGAUGCAACCUGGCUUUGGUGACAAUCACACAGAUGAAUCCUUCCUGGAGGAAAUGAUCAUGAAUGCUAAUGUUGUCAAAAGAGACUUAUUGAAGGUGGUGCUAGACUCAGUUUCUAUCUCACAAUAUCUUUGCAUUGUUGCCCUUGUGGUUUUGGUUUGGACCUACACCCUCACAAAUACCUUGACAGAAAAGUAUCUUUUACUACUGAAUGUUAGCCUGCUUGGAUCGGGUUUCUUUAUUCUGCUCUUAACUGCAGACAUGAUACCCUUCAAUCUCCUCCUCAAUUAUCUCCUAAAGAAUACCUUCUUCAUAACUGCCUUAUAUAUGCUGUCUCCUAUCUACCACACACUAACUAGGUCCAUUAGCUCGAAUUCUAUAUGGGCACUAACAGCUUCCCUUCUCAUACUCCAUCUCUUCCUGCACAAUUACUCAGGGUCCACUGUAAAGGCUCCUGGAGCUUUAGAUAAUCCAACCCUGACAAGCAAUAUCUCUUUGAAUGCUUCGAUUGUGGCUUCACUUCUGAUUUCUUCUCGCCUUCCAUCAAGGCUUCAUGUCUUUGCUAUCGUGCUAUUCUCCUUGCAAGUUUUCCUCUUUGCUCCUUUAGUCACAUAUUGUGUCAAGAAGCGUUCUUUCAAGUUGCAUAUUUGUUUCUCCCUUCAGUUAUUGGUUCUGACACUAAUCUUCACUUACCAGUUGCAUAAGCUGCUUUUCAUUGUGCUUUUGGGCAUCUUUGUCUUUGUUAAUUUGGUUUGUCCUUACUGGCUGAUAAGGAUUCAAGAAUACAAGUUUGAGAUUAAUGGCCCUUGGGAUGAGGCUAAGCUCUGUUUUAACAUUACAGAAUGAGCAGGCUAUAUUCUUAAGCAUCUCCUUUCAUUAAAGCCUUUGGUCUCUUUUAUAUUAUUGAUUUAACUAGUCAUGUAGCUAUGCUAAGUGAAUUAUUUGUUUGAUAGAUUUGUGGAUGGAUGAAUGUGAUUCAUGAAGAGCAACAUUUGAGUUACACAAUCAAUUUUGACCACAUUUUGUGUUCUUAGUGCCCAGCUAAAGCAAUACUGAUUUGCUUUCUGAAAAUGAAAGAAGAGGGAGUGUAUCUAUAUUAGUAAAUUCAUUAAAUAUGUAUAAAUAUACUUAACUGCAAACUCUGUAAUUAAAAUGGGUUCGGUGACAAAUUCAGAACUCA